AAAUGACGUUAGACUCAGCUGGUCAAACAUUAAGAUUUAAACUUUAUAACGAGACAUUUAAGAAUAAAUAAAACACGUCACGAGUUUAUUCCCACAAACAUUCACAAGACACGGAAUAUAAAGAUUAUAAAAGCUGUUUCACCCCUUUAAGUAUGUUAAGAUUAAUAUUGUCACCUGCACACUCUUCUUCCUCACACUUCUUUCUCAGGGUGAGAUAAAUAAACAAGUGGUUGGUUUAAAGCUCUUGGGGGUCUUCAUGGUGAGCUGAUGUGCUCCUCCUACGAGCCUCAUCCGCAUCACAACACACAGAUUAGGCUAAUGACCCCCCCCCCCCCCCCCCUAGGUCGUUAUUAUUGCCCUGGUCAUUAUUAUUAUUAUGAGAUUAAAAUUCAUUCAGAAGAAAAGGCUUUGUGUCCGUGUGAUGGUUGAAACAAAAAGACUCCUAAUCUCAUUCAAGACAGACACACACACACACUCUCACACACACUGUCGUCUUUAAUUGUCUCCUGCAAAAAGUUGUUAAACUAAUUAAACUAAAGAUGUAAAUACGCUGUCUUUCAGUGACACACACUGGGGGGGGGCUCAUUCUCAUGGAAAACACCCCUCCUUCCUUCCUUCCUUCUAAUUGGUGGCCAGUGUGUGAGCCUGAGCCUCCUCUCUCAGUUGAACCAGCAGCUUCACAAGCUCACAACCGGCUGAGUGGAGACCAGCAGAGACCAGCAGAGAACCUCAGAGAACCUCAGAGACCAGAGGAGAACCAGCAGAGACCAGCAGAGACCAGAGGAGAACCAGCAGAGACCAGCAGAGACCAGCAGAGAACCUCAAAGACCAGAGGAGAACCUCAGAGACCAGCAGAGACCAGAGGAGAACCUCAGAGACCAGCAGAGAACCUCGGAGAACUCUGGAGAACAUCCAGGUUUCAAUAUCGAAGAGCAGAGUUGACCUCUAUGGAACUAUAUUGUUUUGCUUUGGCUGUUGCCGGGUAGACUAGUGAGCUCCGUCGCCAUGGCGUUCUCCAUCCAGCGGAUCCUGGAGCUGGAGGGACCGGGAGGCGUCCUGCAGCUCCACCGGCCCUGGACGGAGAUCGGAGGCGAGAAGGAGAACAGAGCGAGCUCCCAUCAUCAUCUUCAUCCUCAUCCUCAGCAGCUGAACUCCUCCAGGCCGACCUGCAACUGGUACGUCGGCCGCAGGCCGCGCACCGCCUUCACCAACGGCCAGGUGAGCCUUCUGGAGACGCUGUUCCAGGUGAACUGCUACCCAGGGAUCCAGCUGAGGGAGCAGCUGGCGGCCCGACUGGAGCUGGAGGAGGACCGGAUCCAGAUCUGGUUUCAGAACCGGAGGGCCAAGUUGAGACGUUCCCUCAGAGAAUCCCGUCUGCAUCUGGUCCAGACCGCCGUGGCCGAUCUCGGGGUCAGAGGUCGCGUGAAGGCCGAGGAAGAGGAGGCGUGACUGA